GGCGGCGGCUGCUGCCCACGGGGCCUGGAGGGGCACAGGGAGCUGCCCACGCACCCCCGGAAAGGGGACCCCCCCGGCCAUGGAGGGACCCUCGGUGCUCGGGCCCUGCUCGUGGCAGAGGCGCCGCGCGUGGGCCCGGCACAGCCGGGGCUGCCGCAGCCCCGAAGGCGAGCGGGACCAGGAGGAAGAGGAGGAAGAAGAGGAAGAGGAGCAGGAGGCGGCCGCUGUCCCCUGGGAGCCACCAGAGCCGGACCGUGCUGUCCUGGAAGGACGUCUCUGCUGCAGGGUCCGGACGUGGCUGCAGGACUGCGGGGCUCUGCAGGACCGGCACCUGAGCCCUGGUGACAGCGCGGCCUCCGGUGUCCCCUCCGGUGUCCCCAGCAGCUCCAGCGUGGCCGCGGUGCUGGCCUGGUGGCAGUCGCAGUCGGACGCCGAGGAGAUCCUGCUCGCCCUGGGCUUCGUGGGCAGCGAGCCGGGGGCGGCGUCGCGGGUCCCCCCCCGCUUCUUCUCGGGCCCGUCCCGCGCCAGCGGCAUCGACCUCGGGCUCUUCCUGCGGGCCCAGGCGCGGCGCCUGCAGCUGGAGGAUCCGUGCCUGCGGCUGGCCAGUCGCUUCCAGCAGUUCCAGGCCCUGGCCGCCACCGCCGACGCGUUCUUCUGCCUCUACUCGCACGUGUCGCGGACCCCCCUGCAGCGCAUCGCCCCCGCCCGGCCCUGUCGCGACAUCCCCGACAGCGCCGGGCGGCGCCUGAAGCGCGCGGUGUCCUCGCUGUGCCUCUACACGGGGAGGGGACACGGCGGUGACACCCCCCGAGGGGCGACCCCCGGCCCGGGCGGGACCCCCGAGGGCAGCCGGGGACACGGCGACACUGACGCGGUGUCCCCGAGGCCACCCCGUGCGGGGACAGCUUGGGGACACCCCGAGCGCUGCUGUCCCCACGGCCGGGGGGUCUGGGGGCGCGGGGGGGACACAGGGGACCCUCGGGGCGAUGUCACCGCGUCCUGCAGGGUGGCGGUCACUGCCCAGAGACCCCCGGGGCUGCGACCCCCGGGCCAGCCCGGCCUCGGCUCUCAGUGUCACCCUGGGGACACCGCGAGGGCCGGGGGACACCGCGAUGGGAGGGUCCCCGAGCCCCCCGAGCCACGAGGAGCGGCCGAGUCCUUCGAGCUGGAGGAGGAAGAGGAAGAGGACGAGGACGAUGACGAGGAGGAUGCGGAUGAGGCGGAUGAGGAUGAGGACGAGGAGACGAUGAGGAUGGUGGGGAGGAUGAGGAUGAGGAUUAUGAGGAUAAGGAUGAGGAUGAGGAGCCGGGGCGGGGCCGGGCCCGGCGGGGCCGGGGGGGGGCAGCGGGGUCACCUCCCCCCCCCCCGGGCACGGCACGCACGGGCCCGGCCGAGUCACGCGUGGGGACACGAGGAGGGGCCGCUGUCACCUUUGUCACGGCAGCGGUGA